UCCGGUCAUAUCUUGAUCAAAGUGGCAAUCUCUGUGGGGUCAUACAGUGCAUACUGCAUAGUGUUUGAUUACCCAAGGUGUAACAGUCUGCUGAAGCUACGUUCAGGGAUUAUUUUCAUACCUUUUCUCAUUGAAUGCAUCGUACACUUUUGAUGAUACCCUCUAAUGGCAAGUUAACGUAUAAUUAUUUGCUUCGACACGUUUGGUUGAGAUCGACUGGAAUUGCAAAGGUAUUCACAUGAACUUGCAAGGGACUGCUCGUGGUUUUUUGUCCGUUCUUCUAUUGACGCUGUGCAGCAGUGCUGCCAGCGCUGUUGUUUGUAGACUCUAGUGCCAGCCAGUGGUGACUUUACUUUUACUGACUAGAAUCCAUAGUUAGUCAGUUAUAGGAGCCACACGGUAGACAACAGAGGGUCCCGAUGCCACCAUGAUGUCCAGAACUCCUCAGCCCCUGACCCGGAGACCCCGAAAGCGACCAGCCACGCCAGUGUACGGAGGCCAGGAUGGGUCCUACAAAAGCAUCAAUAAUGACUUCAUAUGUCCUAUCUGCUUUGACUGCAUAGAUGAAGCGUACAUGACAAAGUGUGGACACUCGUUUUGCCAUGACUGCAUCAAGAAAAGUCUGGAGAAGAACAACCGGUGUCCCCGCUGUGGCAUUCCUAUUGAGAGUCCAUCACACAUCUUCCCCAAUUUCACACUGACAGAGCUGAUCAGGAAACACAGACUGGAUGAACAGAGGAAUGCGAUGGACAAACAGCUGAGCGUACAUGAGUGGCAGUUCCUGUCGCAGGACUGGGACCUCGGGGAGAUCAACAAUGUCAUGACCCUUCUGGUGCAGCGCAAGCAACGGCUUGAGCAGGGGUCAAAGGUUGCUGAGACCAGGAUGCUUAAGACCUUCCUCGAGGAAGUUCGUGACCGGAAGGAAAAGGAGCUGGACAAGGUGAAGCGACAGCUGGAACUUUUGCACCAGGACUGCCAGGCUGUUGGGGAAACAUUGAGGGAACAUGAAGAAAAACAGCUGGCUUGUCCUGAUCACCUAGUACCCAAUACCUCAGGUCUGUCCUCCCUGUCAGUGGCCAGCACCAGCAGUAGCAGCGGUAUCGAUGCUGGCAGCGGAGGUGUCAGUGCUGGUGUCAGUGGCAGUUCAAGUGUCGCUGCUCACGACGUCACAGAUGCCGAGGGAGGAAGUGGCAGCCCUGCGUCAGAGUCGUUUGCAGGCGGGUCAGCUGCCAGACCUUCGUUUGAAAUGACUGAAGCCAGGAAGAAGAGGAAACUGAGUCAGCAUUUUGAGGACCUGGAGAAGGUUUAUCUGAGCACGAGGACCAGCACGGGGCUGGGAGAUGGUGAGGGCAGCCUGGACCAGUUUGCUAUGUGCCUGUCCAAGUUCUCCCAGUACACAGCUAUACGGGCUGUGGCCAGCCUCAACUACACACAUGAGGUCUUUACCAACAGCUCCUCCAUUGUCUCCAGCAUUGAGUUUGACCGCGACUGUGAGUACUUCGCCAUCGCGGGAGUGACCAAGAAGAUCAAAGUGUUUGAGUAUGGCGUGGUGCGGGAGGCGGUGGUCGACCUGCACUACCCCAUCACUGAGAUGAGCUGUGCCUCCAAAAUCAGCUGUAUUGCCUGGAACCCGUACAAGAAGCAGCUGCUGAGCAGCGCCGACUACGACGGCAUCGUCUACAUGUGGGACACCAGCACCAACCAGCGUAUACAGAUGUUCCAGGAACAUGAGAAAAGAUGCUGGAGUGUGGAUUUCAACCGUAUGGAUCCAAAACUUUUGGCCUCAGGGUCUGAUGACACAAAAGUCAAGCUUUGGGACUGGGACCGCCCUCACUCUGUGAUGACUAUUGAGGGCGGGGCCAAUGUGUGCUGCGUCAAGUUCAACCCCACCACACGCUACAACCUGGCCUUUGGCUCGGCAGACCACUGUGUGCACUACUACGACCUCCGCAACCCCAAAAAGGCGGUGUCUGUGUUCAGGGGUCACGGGAAGGCUGUGUCUUAUGUCAAGUUCCUCAAUGGACAGGACAUGGUCUCCGCCUCGACCGACAGCCAGCUGAAGCUGUGGAGUGUGGGACGACACAACGCCAUCUCAACCUUCCAAGGUCACAUUAAUGAGAAGAACUUUGUCGGGCUCGCCACCGAUGGAGACUACAUUGCUUGUGGCAGUGAAAACAACUCUCUCUACCUCUACUACAAAGGUUUAUCCAAACAUAUCCUCACAUACAAGUUUGAGCCGGCUCGGAGACUUAUUGAGAAGCCUGGCAAAGAUGAUGACUCGUCAGAGUUUGUCAGUGCUGUAACGUGGAAGCCGGAUUCGAACAUAUUAGUUGCUGCAAACAGCCAGGGUUUAGUAAAGUUGUUGGAGUUAGUGUGAGCAGAUCAAAUUCCAUUCAAAGAUCAAUCCUAAUCACAUGACCUUCAUCACCAACACCUCAAGAACCACAACCCAUGAGUCAUUGGCAUCUCUACUUCCUCACUCUGAGGCUGUGUGUGCGACGCGGCCUUGCGGAGACCUUGCUCAUUCCAUCUUUAGUUCCGAGCAAAAUAAAAAGUACUUUAUGUCGUGAAGUGGUAAAAUCAGGACUAGGUCUGUGUGUUUAUGGGGUUGUUCAUGUAUGUGUGAGAGAGAGAGAGAUUGUCAAGAUAUGCAAAUGCCGGAUUAUAUGUAGUAAACUUCUGAGUGAAAAAUGACUGCCUGGAAAUUGUACUGUUAUGUGUGAGUAUUUUGCAAUAAUAUUUUAAUAUUGAAGUUGGUGAUUGGAAUAAAGUACAUGAUACUUUGAUAUCAAUUGAAAAACAUGAUUUCGUUCAUAAUGCAUGAUGCUGUGUUUAAUAGAAUCAUUCAAACAAAUUGUGGAGAUAAAGUUUUUGGCAUCUCUUAAAAGCCACAUGAUAGUGUUGUUUCUGGGUGGCUAGAUCAGAUCUAUAAAGUGUCAGCCAUGCUUGGAUGAGUUGAUUUCAUACCUCAGUUGACUUGAUUUUAGCAGAUUCUGCAUGGUUUAAUAAUCCAGAUGACAGUACAGGUAAUUGGGUCCCUAGUGGGCCUGAUGUAAUUGGACAAUGUGGACUUGUCUCUGUGUAAAGGCAAGUUGUGCAGAGAGUCAACUUUGUUGAUUGAUAUCAUGUGAGAAGAAUUUUCAUGGGAGUGCAUGAUCAGAAUUCUUCUUUGAAGUUGUUUUAGAUGUGACCGAAACAAGUUUUUGUUGUUCUUUUGUUUUGUUUUUUUGUUUUUUAAGUAAGAGUUUUAUGGCAUUUGCAAUGCAAUUAGG